AUCUUACAAUGGAUCAAUUCCUAACGGAAGUUGCCAGAAUCAGCUCUUAGUUGAAGAUACAAUCUAGGAAUUCAACAAGUUUGUGAAGUAAGUAUAAUCGUUAAAGUGAAAGAGAGGAUCUAUCUAUCUAUCUAUCUAUCUAUCCAUCCGAAGUUGUAUCAAUGGUAGAAUCCGAUUACAAGUUGUCAAAGAAAGUAGCAGAUCGGUAUCUAAAGCGCGAGAUUCUUGGCGAAGGAACUUAUGGCGUCGUUUACAAGGCUAUCGACACCAAGACAGGAAAUAUAGUUGCUAUUAAGAAAAUCCGACUUGGGAAGCAGAAGGAAGGGGUGAAUGUUACAGCUCUGAGAGAAAUCAAAUUGCUUAAGGAAAUGAAAGAUCCAUACAUAAUUGAACUGAGUGAUGCAUUCCCUUAUAAGGAAAACUUGCACCUUGUGUUUGAGUUUAUGGAAACGGAUCUAGAAGCUGUUAUCCAUGAUAAAAAUAUUGUUCUUUCACCAGCAGAUAUAAAAUCAUAUAUUCAGAUGACACUGAAGGGUCUUGCUUUCUGCCACAAGAAAUGGGUCUUGCAUAGGGAUAUGAAACCAAACAAUUUAUUAAUAGGACCCAAUGGACAACUAAAGUUGGCAGAUUUUGGCUUAGCUCGUCUUUAUGGAAGUCCUGAUCGUAAACUCACUCACCAGGUCUUUGCUCGAUGGUAUAGGGCACCUGAGUUGUUGUUUGGUGCCAAGGCUUAUGGUCCUGCAGUUGAUAUUUGGGCUGCAGCUUGUAUAUUUGCUGAACUCCUCCUACGGAAACCCUUGCUACAGGGUAAAAGCGAUAUGGAUCAACUGGGAAAGAUAUUUGCUGCUUUUGGGACUCCAAAGUCCUCUCAAUGGCCUGAUAUGCAAUAUCUUCCGGAUUAUGUGGAAUAUCAAUAUGUUCCUGGAAAACCUCUACGGCAGUUGUUUCCUAUGGCUAGUGAUGAUGCAUUGGAUCUAUUGUCGAAGAUGUUUAUGUAUGAUCCCAAAGGUAGAAUCACUGCUCAGCAAGCCUUGGAGCACAGGUACUUUUCAUCUGGACCACCACCUACUGAACCAAUUAUGCUUCCAAGGCCACCUCUGAAAAAGGAUUCCCGGAACUCAAUGAUUUCAGACAAUAAUCAAGCUGAUGGUCCUACUAUUCUUCUGUCUCCUCCAAGAAAGUCAAGAAGAGUUAUGUCACACCGUGUAGCGCACGAAGGAAAUGUACAUCAAAUAGCUGGUGAGAGGACGACUGAACAUGAACAUCAACCAAUGUCAGUUGAUUCCGUUAUAUUUGGAUCAGGAACCCCGGUUAGGCCAAGAAUAACCAGUGCUGACAGAACACAUCUGAAGAGAAAGUUAGAUCUGGAAUUUUAACUGCAUGAAGAAUAACCCGAGUUUCUAGCUGUCCAUCAAAAACCCUAAUCUUUACUCUCGGUGGAAAACUCCAACGAUCGUGUGAAUUUUGAGGGAAUGAAUUGGUUGACAGCAACUAGUAAAAUCGUUACUUGAUAAUUCUUUGGGAAUGCAGCCAUUUAUUGGAGGGCCACAUAAAAAUGCUGGCUUUCAAUUGAUUUUUCGUGAAGAAGAUAAUAAUGACUACAAAGUUGAUUUUUUUUUUUAUUCUUGAGAAAGAUUUAGAUAUUUGGUAUAUUGGGAUUUUUAUUUUUGGUCUUAUAAUUUUUUUUAACUUGAACUGAGAUGAUGACAAAAAGGGUGGGAUGUAGUUGCAACAAUUUUUUAGUUAGUUAGUUAAUAACAUUUGGUGUUAUUAUGGUAGUUGAUAUUCAUGGGAAUUUUUCUAAUUCA